AUGCCUUCUUCUGACCUUACAGAUAUUAGUCAAAACACAGAUCCAUCAUUAAAAACUACUCCAAACUUUUUAACUUCUCCUAUUAGCUAUAUAAGUCAUCAUGCUCAAUCCUUACUAAUCAAAAUCCUUAAACAAGGACCGAUUCCUCAGCAUUUAGGUUUUAUCAUGGAUGGGAAUCGUAGGUUUGCAAGAAAGAUGAAUUAUAAACAAGUCGUUGAAGGUCAUUUUAUGGGUUAUGAUAAACUUCAAGAGGUAUUGGAUAUAUGUUUACACCUUGGAGUCAAAGUAGUUACUAUAUAUGCAUUUAGUAUUGAGAAUUUUAAACGCCCAAAGGAAGAGGUUGAUACUCUUAUGGAGCUUGCUAAAAAUAAGUUUGUAGAACUAUGCGAAAAAAGCCAAUUAGUCAAUAAAUAUGAUGUAUGUGUGAGAAUACUAGGAAACAUUGCACUUCUUCCAGUUGAUGUUCAAGAAGCUGCAAAAAAAGCUGUUGAUGCUACUAAACAUAACACUGGAUCAAUAUUGAAUAUAUGUGUCCCUUAUACUUCUAAAGAUGAAAUAACUUCAUCUAUAAAAUCUGUUAUAAAAUCAGUUGAAAAUGGUCAUAUGCAAAUUAGAGAUAUAAAUGAAGAAAUAAUAGAAAAUUAUUUAUAUACUUAUGGUAGCCCACUAUUAGAUAUUCUUAUUAGAACUUCAGGUGAAAUUAGAUUAAGUGAUUUUCUAUUGUGGCAGUGUCAUAAAAAUUGUUAUAUCCACUUUGUUAAUUGUUUUUGGCCAGAAUUUUCACUUUGGGAAAUGUUACCAAUUAUUUUAGAAUAUCAGCUUAAUUAUAAAUCAUUAAAGGAAAAAAGAUCAAAGUCCGGGUUGCAAAUUGCCUCUAGUUUGUCUUAA